AUGAAGGCUCUGCUGUGCAGUCUUGUCCUUGGUCUGCUUGUUGCCAGUCAAGGUGAAGCUCACGGAGAGAACUCACAGUUCACAGGAAGAUGGUUAAACUAUUACACGGCAGCCAAUAACAUAGAGAAGAUCACCGAGGGUGGGCCAUUCUACGCUUUCAUGCGUUACAUUGAGUUUGAUGAAGAAAAUGGCACAAUAGUGAUGCAUUUUUAUGUCAAGGAGAAUGGAGAAUGCCUAGAAAAAUAUGUCUCAGGCACAAAGGAAGGAAACUUUUAUGCUGUUGACUACGCGGGUCACAGUGAAUUUCAACUCAUUAGUGGGGACGAGAACACUCUCUUAACCCACACUGUCAAUGUGGAUGAACAUGGCAAGGAGACGGAACUGGUGCAAUUCUUCGGCACAGGAAAUAAUGUUGAAUCACAAGACAAAGAAGAGUACUACAACGCAGUGAGAGAAAAAGGGAUUCCAGAAGAAAAUAUCGUGAACUUCAUCGAUAUUGAUAACUGUCCAGAGGAGUGA